AUGCGCGUGAACUACAUCCUUCCUGUGGUGAUUGCUGCCCUUCUGCAGGUUAGCGGCUGUGCUCUCCUCACGACCAAGGAGAUCAACCAGGUUACGCUCGCAAAUGUGGCAUCACCUGACGUACACAACGUACACACUGGACGGGCGUUGCGUGGUGUCAACAAGGAUGACGCAGAGAAAGAGGAGCUUGUGCAGGAAGAGAGAUCUGCUCUCAAGAAUUUUGGGAAAGCCACAGGGAAAUACCUGAAGAGAUUCGGGAAAUGGUUUGUGAAAGGCGAUGAUUUUCGAAUUAAGGACGUUGGAGGAAGAAGUUGGUUCUAA